AUGCCAGAGGUAUCCGAGGUAUGUUUAAGAUCACUUUUUCUAUUGCCGAGUUGAAAAAAAAAUCAAACUUUUAAUGGUAAUUCUAACUGUGCUUUCCAGGUGGCUCAUGUUUGCGCGUUGUUGAGAAGGCAAACCCUCGGUUUCCGAGUUGUUGGGGCCUCAGUUCCGGUUGACUCCUUGCUAUGGCCGUCGAUAAAGGCAGCUUCGAACGCUGAAGAUGAAGCAGAAAGAAUCAAAACGCAAUUGGUAGGCUCAAGCGUCAUUUCUACUGGUCGGCAUGGCAAGUAUUUUUGGUUGAGAUUGAAACCCAAAGAUGUUGACCGUACAAACGUGUUGCUCAUGCACUUUGGCAUGACGGGAAUGAUCAAGAUCCGAAAUGUAAAGUCUCACUUGAUCUUUAUGGAGAACGGCGGGGACAAAAAAUUGGUUGAACAAGAGAAAAUGGCGGCUAAUUUGCAAGAGGAAGUAGCAGAGCCAGAUACGAGUUGGCCGCCGAGGUUCACAAAGUUUGAGUUGGAAUUGCUCAAGGACGGCGUCAAGUUGGAAGUUGCCUUUGUAGAUGCAAGACGACUCGGUAGAGCACGUCUUGUACAGGAUGACAAAGCUCAAACCGACGAGGGGCUCUUGAAGCUACCGCCCUUGAACGCUCUAGGUCCGGAUUAUAGUAAAGCACAGCAUGUCGCAAAAACCACAAAAACACCAUCAUCUGAGGCUGCUGCGUUUGAGUUUGGCGAUCCCGAUCCAGACCAUCAUGGACGACCCAGGCUAGGGGUAGAGGCGUUUAGCAAACUUGUGCUAUCGAGGAAAAAAGCAAUCAAGACCUUGCUCCUUGAUCAAGCGCUAUUUGCAGGAGUGGGGAACUGGGUAGGAGACGAGGUUAUAUUUCACGCAAAGUUGCACCCCGAGGAAGUGAUCUCGCUGAAAAUAAGCCACGAAGAAGGAGACCUGAUACAUCCCGUCAUCCAAAACUUGUACAACUCCUUGAUUUACGUCUGUGAGGAGUCGGUAAAAGUGGAAGGUGCGGUUAGAAAGUUUCCGAAACAUUGGCUCAUGCGGCAUCGAUGGGGCAAGGCUAGAAAGAGGCAAGGUCCGUCGAAAACAGAAGAGGGGCACGUCUUGGAUCACAUUACCGUCGGCGGUCGAACGAGCUGCUUUGCGCCAGAGGUGCAAAAGUUUCUAAAAGUGGGGAAACCGAAGCCUGUUGCUGUAAAGACAGAGACAGAGACCACACUGAAGAGGAAGCGGCUUUUACUGUCACACGAUGACGAAGAUUCCAAAAGUCAACCAUGUAAACCAAAGAAACCAACUUCCUCAAAACGCCAAAAAGUUGAUCAAGCCUCAGUCAGCAAUGGCAAAGACGGGGAGCAUAAAACAGUGAAAACUAGAACUAGUGCUAGGAUAAAAGCCAUGAGUAGACAACAGUAG